CAGAUGGGGAAAUCACAUAGGGGAGAGCUAGAAUAGGAGGUGCAGGUGGGGAGACUUGGUGGACGUUGGGAGAUCCCACCGUCCAUGAGAUUCUCUGGCUGGCACACCAGAGGGCAGUGGUGUCUGAUGCUACUAGGGCAGGGAGUGGAGGAGAGGCUCCUUCAGCUGGAGGACAGGAUGCAGUCGAGCCAGGCCACAGCGCUGCUCACGCUCUGCCUGUGGGCGCUUUGCCAUCCAGCGCUGGGCACCGAGGGCAAGAGAAAGCUGCAGAUUGGCGUCAAGAAGCGGGUGGAGAACUGUCCCAUCAAAUCCCGCAAGGGAGAUGUGCUGCACAUGCAUUACACCGGCAAGCUAGAAGAUGGGACCGAGUUUGACAGCAGCAUCCCACGUGACCAGCCCUUCAUCUUCUCGCUGGGGACGGGCCAAGUCAUCAAAGGCUGGGACCAAGGCCUGCUUGGGAUGUGUGAGGGUGAGAAGAGGAAACUGGUGAUUCCCUCUGAGCUGGGCUACGGGGACCGAGGGGCUCCACCCAAGAUCCCAGGUGGCGCAACACUGAUCUUCGAGGUGGAGCUGCUGAAGAUUGAGCGACGACCGGAGCUGUAGGCAGGCUGUGGGUGGGGGGAGGUCUGGGGGGCCUUGGCUUGGUGGGAAAAGGGUGGUGUGUGCACAUGGUCACACGGGGGGCAGAGGGGUGUUUAAAAAAAAAUCCUGGAAGAUCAAAAAUAAAAGCACAGACUG